GGGAGCUAGAAAGGAGAAGCAUUACUUUUCUUUGUUGUCUCUAAUUUUGAUUGGUCAAAAGAGAACAAUAAAUGGAAGAAAAUCUUCCUCCAGGGUUCAGAUUUCAUCCUACAGACGAGGAGCUCAUAACGCAUUAUCUUUGUCGGAAAGUCUCCGAUACUGGAUUCACCGGUAAAGCUGUCGUCGACGUUGAUCUGAACAAGUGUGAACCUUGGGAUUUGCCAGCCAAGGCUUCAAUGGGAGAGAAAGAGUGGUACUUCUUCAGCCUAAGAGACCGGAAAUACCCAACCGGUUUAAGGACAAACCGAGCAACUGAAGCCGGUUAUUGGAAAACCACGGGUAAAGAUAAAGAGAUAUACAGAAGUGGAGUGCUGGUUGGGAUGAAGAAAACCCUAGUUUUCUACAAAGGAAGAGCUCCAAAGGGCGAGAAAAGCAAUUGGGUUAUGCAUGAGUAUAGGCUUGGGAAUAAACAACCCUUCACACCCGCUAAGGAGGAAUGGGUAGUGUGUAGGGUUUUCGAAAAAAGCACAGCUAUAAAGAAACCACAAGAACAACAACCUCAGUCAUCUUUUGGAUCUCCAUGCGAUGCAAACUCAUCAAUGGCAAAUGAGUUUGAAGAUAUCGAGCUUCCCAAUCUCAAUUCAAACUCAUCAACCUUCGGUUACAAUCAUAUUCAUGAUCAUCAAUAUCCGCAAACUAGUGUUUAUUCAGAAGACAAUAUUACAAGUGCUGCUGGUCUCAACAUGAACAUGAACAUGAACAUGAACAUGGCUACUAAUAUUCCGUCUUGGACAACAAGUCUACUUGCUCCACCUUUAUCUCCAAUCAACUCUUUGUUGCUCAAGGCUUUCCAAAUCAGGAACUCUUAUAGUUUCCCAAAAGAGAUGGUCUCUAAUAUCCAUCCUUCUCUACACCAGCAAGGAGCCUCCAAUAUUAUGCAAAAUGGUUCAAGUUCGCCACAGCCGCAACCGCAAGAGGAAGCGUUUAAUAUGGACUCCAUAUGGUGAAGGGUAAAUCACGUAGUAAAUCUGUAAUCUCCUAAUUAAUUAACUUUUUCUUAUGUAAUCCUUAUCAGUCUCAAUUGUAUCAUUACAUAUACACAUAGAUCUCAUCUUAUACGUACAUGAGGUCCAGUAACUAGUGCA